AUGGAGAGAUUCUUGCCAGAUGAUUAUGAGCAGAUUCUAUACAGGUUGUAUAUUGAAUGUGUCCAAGGUACGAGGACCGUGGCUGAGUACACUGCUGAGUUCUUACGUUAUUCAGAGCGCAAUGAACUAGAAGAAACUGAAGGUCAGAAGGUGGCUCGCUAUAUCAGUGGGCUGAAGCCAGCCAUUCAAGAGAAAAUUGGAUUGCAAACUGUGUGGACUGUGACAGAAGCUACAAGCCUAGCAUUGAAAGCAGAACUAUUAGAGAAGCCUUCACGAGCUUCUUCUUUCCAAAGGUAUACCUAUCAAAGGAGCACAGAGUUGGUGAACUCCUCAGCUGGCAAGGGAAAAGCCAUACAACAAAAUACAGAGGGUGCUCCUAGGGCUUCCAAUCCUCCUUUUAAAGAGGCUAGCGGUUCUAGCAGUUCCAGUGGUGCUCAAAAUAGGGUCCCAAAUCAGAAGCCUAAUAAUCCUUAUGCAAGGCCUACAACAAAACUCUGCAAUAGAUGCAACAAGUCUAGACAUAGGUCUAAUGUGUGUCCUGAGAGGAGACAAUCUGCCCUUAUAGAUGAUUAUGAUGAAGAUGAUGAAGAAGUUGGAAGAGCUGAUGGAUAUGAAGGGGCUGAGUUUGCAGUGGAGGAGUCUCCUGAGAAGAUUAAUAUUGUGUUGCAGAGGAUCUUAUUAACUUCUAAGGAAGAUGGGCAGCGGCACAAUAUUUUCAGACCACUUUGUUCCAUUAAUAACAAAGUGUGCAAUCUAAUUGUGGAUAAUAGGAGCUGCGAAAAUUUCGUAGCGAGAAAAUUGGUGGAGUAUUUGCAGUUACCUACACAGCCUCAUGAAGCACCUUAUUCUCUGGGAUGGGUCAAGAAAGGUCCACAAGUUCGAGUUGCUGAGUCCUGCAAAGUACCGGUAUCCAUUGGUAAACAUUAUAAAAAUGAAGUUCUGUGUGAUAUUAUUGAUAUGGAUGCUUGUCAUAUUUUAUUUGGGCGACCCUGGCAAUAUGAUGUGGAUGUGACUUACAAAGGUAGAGAUAAUGUGAUGAUGUUUAUGUGGAAUAGUCAUAAAAUUGCCAUGGCUCAUGUUUCUCAAUUUGAGAGAUCUGGUGUAAAGAAAAGGGAGAGCUUUCUGACCUUGUCUAGCAGUGAAUUCGAGAUGGAGGAAGCCUUUAAAGAAUCUGAAGUUAUUUGUCCAGUGGUGAUUAAAGGGCUGUUGACUGCAGAAAAGGAAGAUAUAGUGGUCCCUAAGGAAGUGCAGAAUAUGUUGAGAGAGUUUGAGGAGUUGAUCUCGGAUGAGCUGCCAAAUGAGUUACCACCUAUGAGGGAUAUUCAGCAUCAGAUUGAUUUGGUUCCUGGAGCUAGUUUGCCAAAUCUGCCCCAUUACCGCAUGAGUCCCAAGGAGAAUGAGAUUUUGAGGGAGCAGAUUGAAGACUUGUUGAUGAAAGGGUUCAUUCGUGAAAGUAUGAGUUCUUGUGCAGUUCCAGUCCUCCUUGUUUCUAAGAAGGGUAAUCAAUGGCGGAUGUGUGUUGAUAACAGGGCUAUAAAUAAGAUAACUAUGAAGUACAGGUUUCCUAUUCCUCGUUUGGAGGACAUGCUUGAUGAGCUGGAGGGUUCCAAGGUGUUUACAAAGAUAGAUCUUUGA